UUAAAAUACAGUAUAUUACAUGUUGUGAUGUGGUUAAGUGCAACCAAGGAGGUUGGUGCAACAUAUUUAAAUAAUUUUGCACCACUAUGUACUGUAGCACUUUAUAAUAAUAUCUACUGCUAAAACGAUGAUAUCUCUUGAGUUCUGCUGAUAAACAUGUCUAGAAACUGAAGAGCCAGUGUUUUCAUCUCGGAGAUUUCCGUCAUUUUUUGAGUAUAUCCUGAAAAGUGUUUUAGGGUAGAAAAUAUGCAAAAUGAUGUGAGGUGUAUUGUUGAGCACACACUAAGAGCCUAACCUGUUUGCCAAGUGGCAAUGGUUCUUACGUAAAUAUUGUGACAUGUGCUCCUCUCAUCAUAUUUUGAUGACUGUCUAUACAGUAGUUUUCAUUACCUAAUAUUUGUUUAUAAUAUUCUGGAUUUGAUUCUGAAAAAAGUAAAUAAAAUAAAGUAGUUUCAAUUUAAUUAUUUAAUCAAUUCAUGGGCAGUAUUAUUAUCAUGUUCAAUUAUUUAUGGAAAAUGUUGGCAGGAUUUAGAUUCGGGAUCUCAAAAUAAUUUUGUCAUUGAAAUUAACUGGAAAAUGGCCAAUUCAUACAGAAAGUACAGUAAUCUUAAAAUCUGAAGCACAAGUCAAAACAAACCUGAGUAUGCGUACGGCAAGGGACCAAACGGCAUGCAUAAAACAUGGGAUUUUUGAAAAAUCCAAGUUAGGUCAAAUUGUACUGACCUUUGACCAUAUAGUGACUCAACAAAAAAAUAUAUGUUCAUCUUGUUCCUUGUUUACUUUCUUUUGACUUGUCACUGGGUGAAAAAGCGCAUAGAGACAUUGCACUGUACAGUACUAUGUGCUAUAGAAAUGGAAGACCAUUUACCAUGCUACGUGGAGCAACACGCUGUUUUUUCGCCUACAGAAAAUCUAACCUAGCCUGUGUUAUUAUUUUAUAUUUUUAAUGUUAAACAAUUUUUUUUUAAUUUAAAUUUUUAUAAAGAAUUAUAAUGUUUAAUCACAUGUUUGUACACAUGCAUGAAUAGAGCAAAGAGAUGUACAAACUGCCUGUUACAAAACCAUGUUGGCGCUGAGGGACAUGAAAAUUAGUGGUUCGUAUGCAAAAGGUCAUUGACAAGAUUCCGUUGCAUUAAUCUCCACGGAAUCAGCAUAAAACGCAACAUUGGCUUGGUUUACUAAUGUAAAAUAUGCAGAAACAAAAUAAUAUUUUUAAAGUAUUAAAAUACAGAUAUUGAUGAUGUCAUCAUCCAUAUGCGUCUUCCAUAAAAUUGGGGUAUAUACAUGGUUCUACUGUAUAAUGUUAAAAAUAAGGAAGUAUUUAUUAUGCGAGUGACUGGCAAUAUGCCAAAAUAGAUAUUUUGCUGGUCAAUAUUUUCUGCAUGACUGAUCAUGUCAAGUUUUGCUUUAUUAUUGCACACAAAGGAACCCCAAACAAUUUCAGGUGACAUUAUUAAAAUAAUGUGGAAAAACCCACUUCUGCUGGAGCUGAGAAAUUCAAUAUCCUGUAGAACAUUAGCUCAACAUAGGACAAAGGAAUUGUUCAAGAUGGCUACCAGUGAGUUGAAUCAGUUUCUGAAAGAAGUUGAUAAGAAGGUCCUAGAAUGUACAAUAUGCUAUAAGAGACUUCAAAAUCCUAAAUUGCUCAACUGCCUCCAUAGUUUCUGUUUGGCAUGUCUUGAAGACUGGGUUAAAAAGGGGAAGGGUAAGUUAACGUGCCCAACCUGCUCAAAAUCAUAUGCCAUUCCAAAAGGCGGGCUUCAGAAACUUCCACUGAACACGUUUCUGAUUAACUUAUUAGAAACUAUUGAACAAAUUGACAAAAGAGAUGAGAUGAAAUGUUUUUGUGAAAAAGGAGAGGCAAAAAACUACUGCCAGGAAUGCAGACUUUACUUGUGUUCUACUUGUAGUAACUGUCACAACACACUACCAGUCUCAACAAAUCACAAGUUACAUACAGUGGAGAAUGUGCAGUCAAUGUCUGCACAAGACUUUGCUUUGUUAUGCCUGCCACUGUGUUUGCUUCACAAUAAACCUGUGGAGUUUUACUGCACAGAGUGUAAAACUUCAAUUUGUAUAAAUUGUACGCUUAUGGGCCACAAGUUGUGGGAAGUAAAACACAAACCAAUCCGCAUUUCAGAAGUUCUCCAAACGUUGACAGAAACUGGACUUAAAAACAAUGAAAGUGCUUCUUUGCAAAAAUGUGACAUAAGGAAUGUAAAUACAGCAAGAGUAACAGAGUGCCUAAUGUUACAGAGGGAGGAAUCUGUGAGCCAAGAUCAGACAGUUAUCAAAAUAAUCAAAACAGAUGAAUGUGAAAUACACGCAAAUCAACUAAAGGCAACAUGGACACAUCCUACAGGAGAAACCUACACCACUGAAAUUGAAGAAGAUAAAAAUGGCAUUUAUUUUGUAACAGGAAACAACUUACGCCCAGGUAUUUGCAAACUGGAUGUGAAUGUUGAUGGUGAAGCUAUUAAGCAGUCACCAAUGAUGGUCAAAAUAGAAAAAGUGGCGGUAUUAAUAAAUACAAUAAAAAUAAACCAAAUUUAUGUUAGAGAUGUAGUUAUGUGUGAAGACGACUGCUUGUUGGUUUCAUGUUCUACAAAUGUAAUACUCAAGUACAAGCAAUCAGGAGAAAAUAUUGGCAAAGUUACAUUGGCAAGAAGUGUCCAGGUAUACAAAAUGCAAAAAUUGAAGAAUGGUAACAUAGCAUUCAGUGAUUGGGGUAAUCAAUGCAUCCAAAUAUGCAGUAUGAAUGGUCAGUUGGUAAAAUCAGUUGGUAAGGAAGUACUGAAAAAUCCAUUUGGUAUCCAUGUGGAUGAAGGAUCAAAUAUUGUGUAUGUAGCAGAUUGGGAAACCAGAUGUGUGUUACUUAGCAUUGAUAGUGGUGAGAUGAUCAGGAAGAUAGGGUCACAAGGUAACAUCCAACAAGGUAAAAUGAUUGGAAUGGUUGAUGUUACUCUUACAAAAGAAGGUCACCUUCUUAUAUUGGAGUAUUCCAACCACAGAUUACAACUUUUUGAUAAAGAGGGUAUGUGGGUGAAAGUCCUUAUCAAAGCAGGUGAUGAGAAUGGUAAGAUCAGGAAUCCAGAUGGGGUAGUAGUAGAUGCUGAUGACAACAUCAUUAUAUCAUGUAAAAACAAACUACAGCUAUUCAGUAAAAAUGGAAAUUUCAUUAAAAGAAUUGACAAAGAUGAUGAUGGAAUCAACAAUCCUGAGGGAAUAGCCAUCAUUUCAUAUUACCCACGGAAAGUUGCAGUUGCAAACAACGGUGACAAAACUCUAAAAAUAUUUAAUUAUUAAAGUAUAUCGAGUCGAGUGGCUGAGUGAUGAGGCAAGGUUUUGUAGGUAGAACUAAGUCUUCAAGGAUAAGAACUUAAAAUGGAGGUCCAGUGUACACAUCUGGCUUGUGUGCAGUUUAAAGAACCUAUUAUAUCUUUCGGAAUAGUAGGGGGGGGGGUUACCCCGAUGCUAUAGUUCAUUUCAGCCCCUGAUGUGGUGAAAUGAUGCGAACAUAAGCACCUCUUUAUGGCGGCUAGGUGGUCACAGACUACGCCCACAUGCAAUUCACCUCAAUAAAGCUGAGUUAUGGGUUAUUCUCCUACCUUUAUCACUUCAACUAGUUUUAAACUUAAACAAAUGAUUUAAUCAAAUCAAGGGCAGUAUUAUUAUAUUCAAUACAUACAUUAUUCCAUGAAUAUCAGAGCACUCCCCUAAGCGUCUCUUCAUGUCUGAGCUGCCCGGUAAACCGGUAUCAGUUACUCUCAUUUGUAUAUUCAAUUAUUUAUGGUAAGUUACAGUAGUAAGCUUUAUUGGCCGAUUAUAACAAUAAAGUCUGUGCCCAAUUAUUAUACAUUAUUAAAUGUUGGCAGGAUUUAGAUUCUGGAUUUCAAAAUAGUUUGCUUUUAUAAUUAAUUGGAAAAUAUUUGGCAAAUUCAUAUGAAAAUUAAUCUUAAAUU